AUCCAUCCAUCCAUCCAUCCAUGCAUGCAUCCAUCGCGCAACUCAUCCAUAUGAAUGCAGGCAGCGAUCCUCAGCCAGACAGCGGUAGUCAAGGUAGUAACUGACUGGAUGAGUCAUAUGAGGAACUGACUGCGGCAUAUAAAAUGUAGACAACGAUCUGGAAUCCCCGUCUCUUCAACUCCUCCUCUCUAUCUCUCUCUCAACAACAGCAGCAGCAGCAGCCUCUUAUGCAUCCUCCCUCCUCCCUCCCCUCUCUCUCAACUCAAUCGCUCCUCAGCCUUCUUGCCCCCCCAACCUCCGAAGAUGCGUGUGAUGGCCCUGCCAAUGCCUUCCGACCGCCCUGAUGUCGUCGGCCAGCUGCUCGGCGCCCUCCUUAAUGUCGGUGACGAGAGCCCAUGAGCGCAUCGAUCAUGAGGUCUUGGUCUGCCGACCGGACCUCCCACAUGGCGCGCCCAUAGGCAUCUACGUCACCCGACGGCUCCCAAUACUCCCACUGCCCCGUCCAGUCGUUCUGCCGCCAGUGCGCCACCCGGUGCUGGUUGAUGGGACCAGCAGUCGGCACGAUCCGGGCAUGGCAGGCCUUGUACUCGGGUGCGGGCGGGAGGGGUGGCGGGUAUGGGUGGUGGGCGGGGAGUGGGGCAGCGUGCACGGGCAGCGUGGCAUGUACGGCGCCAUUUGGACGGCUGGGGUGGCAGGGGGGCGCGUUUGGGGGGCGGGGCGUGUGGUGGCCUGGUGGUGGGUGCGUGCAGAGGGCCGGUGGGUGGACCGACGAGCGGCUGCGUGUCGUGGGCCUCGUGGUGGGUGCUGCCGUCACUUGCCAGAGGCUGCUGGGGUGCAGCGGCUCGGGGUUGCUGCUGGCGCUUGCAUAGAAGAGACCCACAAAUAUAAAACGUAAGCAGCGAUCUGACACAAACAUCAUGAGGACAAUGUCUCAGAAGCUGCCGCCUUUUUUCUCACUUCAGCGGUUGGAGGCUCCUCCAGCACCUGCAGGGCCUCCAACAGCUCCUCCUCGAUGUCCCUGAGGGUGCAGCGGUCGGCCAUGUCCGGCUGCAUCCCCCUGGCCGUCACCUGGCAGAUGGUGUCCAGCCACUUCUUGGCAAAGUGCAGCUCAGAUGACUCGAGGGGGAGGGUGUCAAGCGGGCUCUGGAUCUGGCCGGGGCAGCAGAGGGGGCGGCCGUCCUCCCGAAUCCAGCUCAUGCCCGCCGCGACCCGGAGCUCUACCGCCUCGUCAUCGCACCAGAUGGCCCACCCCCGGGUGACGGCAUGAAAGAUGCUCGCCACGCCAUACACCGCCACCUUCUCGUCCACCCAUAUCUCCUCUCGGCCGUCGGGGUGCAGCAGCGGCACCCCCUUCUUGUGCAGGCCUCGUCGCACCUCCUGAAGGGCGUCCUUGAAGUCCUUGGGCCAGACCUUUAGGUCAGCGGCCGUGCCGGACUGCAGCACCACGGUCUCGGGCGACAGGAACCAUGGCGUCCCGCCGGGCCGCUGACGCUGAGCCGCCUGGGUGUCGGGUCCAGAGGGAGGAGGGCGCUGCGGGUCUUGGGGUCCACCGUGAGCAUGUUGCCCAGGUCGAUGCACGCCGUUGUCUGCCGGGAAGGGGUGGAGCGGCCCAUUGCCGAAGAACAUGUGCCGGGGCAGCAUGAUGUUCCUGUAGAACCCAUCCAGGAAAAUCCGCCGCGUGACAGGGCUCCCUGGUGGGCCUGCGUGACCAGGAGAAUCGCCUUGGUGAUGACCCUUAGGUCCCCGCGGAGCCACUUCACCCCCUCCCCGAAGCUGCCGCUGCUGCGGAAUCGCUCGGCCACCUUGCACGUUGAACAACUUGGUGUUCGCCUCCCCCUCCCAGCCAAACAGCUUAUUCACCUCGACAAAGUUAUCAGGGUCUGCAGCCAGUAUGGGUACACACACACCCAAAGCACACAGAGCAGAGCACCAACAGAGGACAAUGACUGACAAAUCCACACUCGUGCACGUGACCCCUUCUCCCUUAUAUACCCCACCCACUCACUGCCCUGAUGUCUCAUAACUAUACUCUUGACGACUCACUCACCGAGGAAGGGCAUCGCUAUGCACAGCAGCUCCUUCUUGGUGCCGUCGGUCUUCUGAUAGCUGGCUGGGCUGUGGGGUUGGGUGUCGGCCGCGAGGACCCGCAGGAAUGGCGGCUGGCCGUCCAUGUGCUGCAUCUUGCUCUCCUCUAUCUGCAGGCCUCGCACCUCAUAGUCGUCGAAGGUGUCGUCCUCCUUCGACACGCGCUUGACAGCGGCCGUGACGGGCGCGUCGUUGGCCUGCCGUAGGUCCCGUAGGUCCCCGACGAGGACGGGCUCACCCUUGCCCUUGCCCGCUGUGCGCUCGCCGUUGGUCAACUCUACGCACGGCCCGUCCCGGAAGAGGAUGCAGGCUGAGGCUGGCAUGGCUGCUGGUGCCCCUCGGCUGCUGCUGCCGUUGCUGCUCAUCGUCUGCUGCUGCUGUCUACUGCUUUGUGGCUGCUGAAGGGUGUCUGCUGCUGUGUGUCUGCUGCGGUGCUCAGGGCCGGUGGGUGGACCAUUCUCCGAGAAGCUCCCCUUGUGGCCGCUUUCAAAUCAGAUGGCCGAUGAUGCUGAGAAGAGAAGAAGGGACCCUCACAUAAUAUAAAAU